AUGCCUCCAUCUACCGUCUUUUCCUACUGGCGCCGAGAUCAUCGGCGUUCGUCCGCAUCACCAGCUACAUUGGCCGCGCCCUCGACAUUUGCGAAAGGGACGAAUGGAAGUCCGAUAAGCAAUCCCCCACAGCUUCCGGAGAUUGCAGAUACCCCGACUCUCACCACUACCUUCGACGGUCGCCCCUCACACGAUGGUCCUCCUCCCUGGGCCGAGUCGCCGCUCGCGAUUGACACUUCGAAGCUGAACAUCAGUUCAUCAGCAGCGCCUCUAUCCUCCUCGCUCACUCUCGCCGUGCCGUCUCGGGGACCUGAAAGAGCCAACCGCCCUCAUUCGAGCCCUGGCGACUGCGAGGACGAACAGUUCACAUCCCAAUCGAAUAAUUCACAACUGUCUGUUACGGGUCUACGAUCUGAUCAAGGAGACGGGGAGUCGAAUUCUAAACCGAGUUCGCCUUUCCGACGCUCUUUUGGCAAGCAGAAACGAUCACCAACUGCGGCAGCAGGCUCGGGUCAUUUCCGGUUUAAAACCUCGCCGGAUGACUCCCCAGCGGAUAAACAAAGCAUGCCGCAGAAAGAUUUUAGGGAGGAUAGCAGCGCAACCAUCAAGCGCGCCGGAGAUCGCGAUGUGUCAGGAGAGCAACCGCAUCACAAGUCGGGAAAGGCAAUGCUUCAUCUCUUAAAUCCGAUUACCCUCCUUGCACGCAGACGAUCCGCACAGGUUGUUAGCGCGCGAGCAGAAGAGGUCAAAAUCACGAACCGCAACAUUCCAGCUAUGCCAGAUGAUUAUGACCCCAGAAUUCGUGGCAAAAUUAUUCAUGACUUCUCAGCACCCCGGCCCCGCCGCAAUAUUUCCUUUACACAGCAAGAUACCAAUGCGCAGAAUGCCUCGCCGUCACAAAUUCCCAGUCAGCCCCAAGGGGCUCGCUGGAAUAAUGAUCAGAACAAACGACAUAGUGACCAUUCGCCUGUGUUCAAAGAACAUUUCGAGGACCAAAAUGUUCUGCAAGUUGAAAACAAGGGUUAUCUCCAGUCUUCACUAUUGACGGGUCAGCCCCAGUCUGGGUAUGAUCAAUCACUACCGGUGUUUGCCAGGAACUUACCCUCCCAUUUACCUGAAAAAACCAGUGAGAUUUCAGAGCAGCUUGGACCUGAAGCAGUGGAGGCUCCUCCUGCAAAUCCACCACAAGCAACCCCUCACGCACAUCCCGAACAUCCUCAAGACCAAGAUACUAUUCCCCACGUUCCCUUCAAUCCCUCGGGCCUGCCAAGGCAUCUCAAAAGCAAUGCCUCACGAUUCAGCUUUGACAUGAGUGGAGUGGAAUCCUCCACCCAAGAAAAAAUGCUGGAGGAAAAGCACAAAGCCAAGGAAGCCUCUCGCAAAAUCGAAGAUGGAUAUUUCGAUGAUUUCGAUGAUGACUUCGACAAUGAUAUGCUGGACGACCUAGAUGGACUGGAAGAACAGAUUCCGGGAGUCAAUGUCGAUGCCGAUGACGAUGAUGACUACGACGACUUCUCCGUUUCACGCGAUAUCCACGCGAUGAAGGCAUGGGCUAUCCCGGCAUUGUCGCCCGUGGUUGCGAGCCCGAUUGCCCCUGCACCACCAAAGUCAACGAAUAAUUCGUGCUUUGUCCCUCAUAACUACGAAACCACACAGUUGGAAGACACUUCGCACCAAGAACCGGGGCCGAGGCAUCUGAACCAGGAGCAACUCCCUCCCUUCACUAGGCCUGAUGUUGCAAUACCCCACCUACCAAAUACCACUAGUCAACAGUCACAAAUCCUCGACGACGACGACGAUGACCUUUACUUCGACGACGGCGACUUCGGAGAUCUCGAUGUCGACAACCAAGAUGGAGGAUUCGAUGAGUCUAUAUUUGAUGAUGAAACCAGCCAUUUAUACGAACGCAAAUCGGUGGGUGCCCCUACGGCACCACCAGAAACAGCACCAGCACCAGCGAACAAUGUUGCCACCCCUAGCGGUGGUGAAUACUCUCCAGGGAAGGAAAGCUUUGUGGCAGAGACUGGGGACCACGGUUUGAAGCAUAUGCCUAGUAUGGCCAGUGACUAUCGAGUUCCUGGCUCGGUCAAACGUGGUCCCCUUGGUGAGCCAAUACCAAACAUGGGCCCUGCCCGGGCUCAUGGAGGUGUGCUCACAGAGCAAAAUUUAGAUCUUUUGCACAAUGCCUUAGCUUUUGCGGCCAAUGAAUCCUCCUCUCAUGGGGGCCGCUUUGACCGCACCUUUAGCACGAGUGAAAGAUCCCAGGGACAAGAAAGUGUAGGCCAGACAUCACAAACGGUAGACUCACAACCGGGUCUCAUCUCUGAUGAAAGCCGCACCAACCAGCCUGUAGAUUACAUGGCUUUCGAAGACGUCUUGGAUGACCGCAUCUAUGAUGACUUCGAUGAUUCGUACUUCGACGACGCCAUCGUUGCUGCCGCCAAUGCAGAAGCCCUUGAGAACGACGACGACGGCUUCUACGGCCAAGAGUUCGGCUUCUACGCGCAAGCAGAUGGCAGUGAUAGCUCUGAGCUGACCAAUGGUGGAUACUUUGGUCCUCGACGUGCCGAGGGCAUCACGCGGAACCACAGUAGUCGGGGAAAGUUCCAGGAGCCCAGUCUGACACCCAUCACUGAACGAAGUGAGUGGAGCACACGCAACUCCAUGAUUUCACUCAAGGCCCAUGGAACUACCCACCCCAAUUCAGCCUUGGCGAGCCCGGGGCUGGCUCAGCUAGUCGACAUGGGGAAUCUCGACGAUGAGAUGUCGCUGUCUGCGCUUAUGAAGCUUCGGCGUGGAGCUUGGGGUGGAAGCAAUGGUAGUCUGCGCAGCAGUGCAGGCAGUCCACCACCCCAUACCCUCUCGCCCUCCCACCGCACAAGCUUCACUGGUGCCGAAGUGAGCCCUUUCAUUCCCGAUGAAGGGCCUACCAGUGUCGGUUAUUUCCAUGACGACUGCCACCCACGAACUGCAGCUUCUCCACUGCCGGGACAACCUGUCGAUCUCCCGAUCAACAGAAUGAUUGGACCGACAGCUCUCACAGAAGAUCAGGGUGAAGUGCCGGUCGUUGAAACCGAGCGAUUCAAAGUUCCAUAG